AUGCUAUUGCGUUCUCGAAUUUUUACUGGAGUUAUUAUUAUCUGUUUUUUCUAUUUUAUCGUUUCGAGAAUAGUGCCACAUUUAUUUUUCGUAAGCCAGCAGACUGUCUGGACUAUGAUUUAUUCACAUGAGCAACAACAAUCUAUAAAGACGAAACAAAAGUUGAUGCUUAUGUGGACAACAUUUUUUAGCGAAUUACCAGAAAAUCGUUUGCAUUUGAUGAAUGAGUGCCCUGAUUUAAAGGAUAAGUGUGUGAUUACGACCGAUCGAUCUUUGGUUGACAGUGCUGAUGCUGUAAUUUUCCACUUCAUGAUUGAAGAUUUUCGCUUGAGCGAUUUACCAAAAAAGAGGUCUCCAUCACAACGCUAUGUUUUCUUAACAGUAGAAGCACCUCCGACUUAUAAACUAUGGCAGAGGAAGGCUUUGCAUGCACCUCGUAAUUUUUUUAACUGGACGAUGACAUAUCGGCAUGAUUCAGAUGUUCCAUGGGUUUAUGGAGGUUAUUGGAUUAGUCCCGAAAUUAAUAAAAUACUUGGUAUUAAAUCCGAAAAUCUACCUUAUGAUGAAAAAACAAUAUUGGAAAAUAAAACUAGUGCAAUAUUUUGGUUGGUGUCGAAUUGCAAUACAAUUUCGAAACGAGAGUUAGCUGUUGAAAAACUUGGAAAAUACAUAAUGGUAGAUAAAUAUGGAGCAUGUGCAGACAAUCCUUACAAACGUGAUGCAUGUAAGCGAGCUUCUGAAUGUGAAAAAGACCUGGGUGUAAUGAAUUUCUUUUAUAUCGCAAUUGAAAAUACUGUUUGUAAGAAUUAUGUUACGGAGAAGUACUUCGAUCGAUACCAUCUACCAAGUGUUCCUAUUGUUAUGAGGCGGAAAACGUAUGAAAACAUAGUUCCGCCUCAGUCCUUUAUACCUAUGGAUGAUUUUAAAAGUGCGCAAGCUAUGGCCGAUUAUUUGAUUUCACUGAUGUCUAAUAAAACAGCGUAUUUGGAGUAUUUCAAAUGGCGUCGUGAUGGUUGGGUUCGAGCAUAUCAGAACAUUGGGUAUAGAUUUCAUUUCUGCAAGUUGUGUGAAGCAUUAUUGGAGGAUCGUCCAGCAAAGAUAUAUGAGAAUGUGGAAGAAUGGUUCCAUGAGACUUCAGAAUGUGAAGGGUCUGAAUUUGCUGAAGGUUGGAGAGAAGAGUAA